CAAAUGGAGAAAUUUAGAGCAUAUGCUGAUCCUCAUACAGGAAUCAAUUUAUUUAUUCCAGCUUUUGUUAAUUAAAAAUUAUCCCCUCUUAUUCUACUCCUCCAUAUUGUAAUUUAAAUUAAAUUAUAUAAUUUAGAUCUUAGGAUCCAUAUUAAUUUUGAUUAGAGUUCCUAUUUUGGUUAUACUGUUUUUAUUACUCAAAAUUUUAAAUAAUUUAAAAAUUGAUACUCUAAAUUAACUGAUAGGUAAAUUGAUGUUAUUAACAUGUGGAUUUUUUAAUAUUGAAAAUUAAAUUCCAAUUUAAGAUAAAGGUGGAUAAUUGAUAUUAUCAAAUCAUUCUAGCCCAAUUGAUUGGAUAUUCUUUUUAGCUUAAUCUUCACCAAACUUUGCAACCUUUGUAGAAAAUAUUGAUGAAAUUAGAUAUCAAAUUUUGUCAUUAAAUUAAGUUAUUAGGAAUAUAUUCUCAAUUAAUAUUGCUUAAACAGGAACUGGUUUAGAAUUAAAUGAUGUCAUAUAAUAAAACAAGCCUACAUUACUAUUCUUUGAAGUACUUUUUCAUUUAUAUUAUUUAUAGGGAUGUUAAACAAAUUAAUUAGGAGUCUUAUUUCCACCAAGAUAAAUGAUUGCUGAAUUACAAAAAUUAGCAUAACCUAUAGUAAAUAAAAUUCUUAUUAUAGAACAUUUAUGUCCUAACUUACCCUGAUAGAUCUAUCUUUACUCCUAUCAAUACUACUAGAAAUGGAUUUUGGCAUUUUUUAUUAUUGUUGACAAAUAUUUGGAAUGAUUUAAGAGUUGUUAGUUAAGAGUUUGAAACUUCCAAAGAUUAUUAGAGGCUCAUUACUAAUUUUUAUGAAUGUGAAGGAUUUAAAAUAGUAUUUUAUUAUUUUAUAAUAGAUUUAUUAAAAACACACUGUAUAAACAGAUUUUUUAGCUUAUUAUUGGAGAACUUCUUAAAGAAAUUAUAUUAAAUUAGAUUGA